UCCACUCUUUACCUUACCCCAACCCCAGUAUUGGAAUGUUCGGUUAGGGGAUCAUCACAUAAAGAAAAAGGAAGACACUGAGAAGACAUACAACGUAUCCAAGGUGCACUACAAUGCUUGGUACUCAAAAUAUGACAAUGACAUCGCAAUAAUGCGACUGUCGGAGCCAGUGACCGUCAACGAGAACAUUCGGCCAAUUUGCAUGCCCAGUAAGGAAGACACGUUUGAGGGUCUAGAUUGCGUGGCCACUGGCUGGGGGAAAGUGGACUUCGACAAAAAGGGAUCAUCUGUUCUUAGAAAAGUUAAUGUAAAAGUAUUUGACAAUUCUGUAUGCCACAAUGCAUACCAUGAUAAGUUUGAUAUAUCCAUCCACCGAUGGCAUUUAUGUGCAGGCACUUUGGAAGGCGGGAAGGGGACUUGCCAUGGAGACUCGGGUGGACCCUUUCAAUGCAAGAGAGGGGAUAAAUGGUACUUGGCAGGACUUACAUCAUUUGGGUCAGGCUGUGCCAAGAGAGGUUUUCCAGAUGUUUACACUCGGAUCACAUACUUCUUAGAUUGGAUUGCUUUAACCAAACUUUAAACUCAAUGAUCACCAGCGA